GUAACUUUUAGAAACAUUCUACAUUGCUUUGAAGUUUUAUACAAAGUAUACUCUUCUAUGUUGCCUGGGUCUGUUGGUAUUACCACUCAGCAAGUUGGUGCUCUCUUGCUUUUUGUAAACUUAUUAAUUAUAAUUACUGUUUCUAUUGCUAUUUACUGCAUUAACUAGAUAUGUUAUAGAGCUUCUGUUUCUAAAGAAAUUCUUUUGAAUUCAGGUGCCACUGUCUGAAAGGUUUUUUUUUUUUUUAAUUAAAAAAGGUAAAGAUAUUUCAGUACUAGAAGAAAUAUUUCAUCACAGUUUUGUCCUUCAGCUGUGGCUUUGGAAUUCAUGGGUUCCUGGUGUACUUUCCUGACAUUAUGCGUAACAUUGCCUUUUGAUGUGUUUGUACGGAGAGCAGCUGAAGUCAAACAUAAGGAGUACUUUAUAUCUGAGGAUGAGAAAUACUACUUGAGAUCAUUGGGUGAAGACCCACGAAAGGAUAUAGCAGAUAUCAGAAAGCAGUUUCCUUCAUUAGCAGAAGAUAUUCGAAUCCCAGAAUAUUUUGAAAAGGAACAGUUCUUCUCCAGUGUCUUCCGCAUCAGCUCAGCAGGACUGCAACUCUGGACACACUAUGAUAUAAUGGAUAACUUCUUAAUCCAGAUAACAGGAAAAAAGAGAGUUAUACUAUACAAUCCUCGAGAUGCACCAUAUUUGUAUUUAUCAGGCACUAAAUCAGAGGUCCUAAAUGUGGAUAACCCAGACCUGGAGAAAUAUCCCCUUUUUAUGAAAGCCAGGCGCUAUGAAUGUUCUCUUGAAGCAGGCGAUGUGUUGUUCAUUCCGGCUUUAUGGUUCCAUAAUGUAAUUUCUGAAGAAUUUGGAGUGGGAGUUAAUGUCUUUUGGAAGCAUCUUCCUUCUGAGUGCUAUGAUAAAACAGACACUUACGGAAACAAAGAUCCUACAGCUGCUUCCAGAGCUGUGCAGAUUUUGGACAGGGCUUUGAAAACACUGGAGGAACUGCCUGAGGAAUAUAGGGAUUUUUAUGCCCGGAGAAUGGUUGUACGCAUCCAAGAAAAAGCCUAUAGCACUAACUAUGAAUAAACAGUCAACAAGUCAACCAAAUUCCUCUGAAAGUAGGGAGAAGUACAGAUAUGGAUACUGUACCUGAAGACACUUUGAGAAGACUUUGAUAAAAACAGUAGUGCUCAUUGUUUGUGGAUUAAUACUUAUUUCAUAGCCCAUAGAUGUUGUUUUAAUAGAUCCCAUUUCUACUAAUCCACAUGCAGUGUAGUCUGCUUGAUGCAGCUGUGGGUCUCAUCCAUACAACAGUAAGGGGUCAAUUUAAAAUUAUAGAUAUAUACACAUAUACAUACACACCCACCCAAGUUUGUGUUGUUUAGAACAAUCAUUUUGUUUUCGGGGUAGUUUACUUUCAAAUAACUAUUUCAGAAAAUAAAUAUUCCUGAAUAAGACCUAGAGCAUUGGCAAUUUAAAUUCUGUUUUAGAUCCUGGUGUCUUUUUCAGGAUGGCUAUUGAAAAGAAUGUUCCAGCCCAAAUGGGUUAUUCUCUAGAGUAGUGGAAACUGUUGAUCUGUGGGACUUGGACAGCUAUAGGAAAAGACAAGCAACCAGCCAGGGUUAUUGACUAGCUACCUCCCUUUCCUCUAAUUAUGGGGUGAUGAGAAGGAGCUGUGCUCUUAGCAGGACCCAGUCAGGGACAGCAGGUGUAUUCCUGUGGUUCUUCUCAGCAGAGGAAAGGAGAGAGAAUGCCCUGACUGGCUUGUGUGAGUAUGUAUUUUGCUUACAUGCAUUAAUUUUUAGUUUGAGUAGGGUAUAAGCUAAAGUGGCACCUCUAGAUUUUUUUUCUUUUAAUUUCCCUGAUUUGUUUGCAGACAGAUUGAAUCAACACAAGUCCAAGAAAUGGGAUUUGUUAGAACCUAAAAUGGAUGUGAAAUCUGGGGCUCCCAGCCAUGCUCCAGCUCAGCUGAGAGCUGUAUUAGAACUGAGUAUUGAAAGUUCACAAGUGCUGUCUGUCAAACCUAUACAAUUCAGGCUCCCUAAAAAGUCAGAGUGAAGGUUAGUUCAAUUUCCUUUAUGUGGGGUGUGGAGAGAGAGAGAGAAGGGAGUGCUUGGGUGGCUAUAAUCAGCAAUUCCUUUUACGUGUUGAGGAACCACUGGUCUGAUAAUCAGUGUAUAAAAUACUUCCAGACUGGGGCCUCGUGAUUUCUGGAUACUCCAAGAGGAGCACUGUUUCCUACACCAACACUCAGUAAACAGGGGAUAGAAAUAAUGGCUGGAGAAACUCAUGCAGCUAUUCUGAUGCUUGAACAGAAUCAAAUACACAUCUCUGGCUGUCUUCAUUUAAAAAUGUGCUCUCUCACAAGAUAAGGCUUAGAACUUAACCUCAAGCAGUCUUUUACAGUGAAGUAUUUCAAUAUUAGCUCACUUGGAUCUCUGGGCUGGGUUCAGAGAAGGCAUGCAGGGACUACUAAAUGCAUCUCCCUUAAUCCCAGCUCAGACGGUAAAAGCUCAGUAAAGACACCAUCACCUCUGAGAAGGUCCAAGUGAGCUGAUUGCUCUUGGCAUGGUUACUGCCCUUGUUCUGAAAGAUCUUCCUCUUAAUGCUUCUAUAACUCAGUCCUAUGAGCAACAGCCUGGAGCAGACACAGAGUAUCCACCCAGCUUCCCCUUGUGGUGACAUCAUAGAGAAGGACAUCACAUCACAGACACCAACAGGAAAGCAAAAACUACAGGCAAAGUUUAUGCCAGUUUUUUUUUUAAGUUUAGAUUUAUGCUGUAGCUUAAAGGAAAGGACCUGCCAACUUGCUUAGUUUUAUUAUAUAAGGAGCACUAUCUCCACAGCUGUUGCUAUUACACCAAACUGCAUUACUGCUGACAGCAGCCAGUUGUACAGUACUUGGUAAAUCAGGGUGAGGUUUUUAUUCUACAGCUAUGGGAUUUGAGAGGAAGGCCCUGGUAAUAUUGUCAUAAUAUGGAAUCAGUUGGGAGCACUUCAAGAACUCUCCACUAGUUAAGAUGUAUUGUGUGACUGUAUGAAUAGAAGUAGCAUCUGUCAAGUGGACUCCAUUCCUGAGAGACAAGCCCGUUGCUUCCUGGUGGAUGGAGCUAUAAUGUUGCUCUUGUUUUGUAAGAUGAAUGAUAAGGGGACAUCUGACAAAUAUGACAUGCUGCCAUUGUCCAUUUAAAUAUCUCUAUGUUACUACUUACAGCGUAAGAUAAAUGUAGCUGAGGUUUUGUCAUUUAUCUGCCAUUUAGGUUGGUCUGAUACUUCCAACAGUGUUGAGAAUUGUGAUUUGUCAAAAGCUGUUAGCAGGACUAAAGAGGUAUGUGCCACAAAGAGACAGAACAGGGGCUUCCUGCAGAAGCUUGGCCUUGCAACACUGUGCAGAUUAUUCAUCUAAAUCCAUUUUUGUUGGCAGCUGUAACUUAGAGAAAAUAACUUGCCACCAUGUGUAUGGGCACAAUGCCAUCCUAAUGAAUAGGCAUGAAUGUAACCAGCCAGGCAAUCUUGAUGUGCAUAAGUUAUGCAUACUGAGGGCAGAAUUGCAAUCUGAGAACACUGAAACACUUGAUUCCUCUAAAUUUCCACUUCUGUAGUUAAAAGAACUGCAGAGAUAGAUGGGGGGAGGGAGGAAUUAAGGUAGGAUCUGUGCAUCCAGGCACUGGACUUGGAAAGGACUCAAGGACUCUCUCAGAUUGGAGCAAAGGAUCUCGGGAAAGGGUGUGCAGAGCAUCCUGGAGGCCUCUUUGGGAACUGGGGAGAAAGAGAAAGCAGUGUCAGGCUGGGGGCCAAGCUCCACCACAGAAUCGCUACCUCAUUCUGCAUCCAGCUGUUUUCCACUCUGGUAAUUCUGGCUUCACUUGCUCUCAGCCAGACAUCAGCUGCUUUCCAGAAUGCCAGCCCACAGAGUUGCAGGGGGCUGCACUGUUCCUUCUUCCUCCGUGCCCAGCUCAGUAGAUCAUUCUAACUUCUGCUGGCCAACUAUACCCAAAGGAAGAAGAUCAAGCUUGACGUAGUGGUUGGUGUCCUCCUUCGGUCACCUGAGCCACAAAGCCAUGGCUGGACCCUCUAGGUGCUGCAGUAAUACAAAUAAUUCAUAAAGAAGGAAGGUUGCAUCAAGCAGCAGUCAACAUGUUACUGAUCUGUGAGUCUCAGAGCUUGUAGGUAGGACAAUAGUCUUAUGGGGGACAGAGGAGGAAAGACUUUGGGGCUGGGCAAUAGAAGAGAAUGUUAGGUUGGGUUCACUUUCAGAUGUUUUGGAACUACAAGAAUCCAUGUUGGUUCCAAAAUGGAGUUUUAUGCGCACACGAGCUAUGGAUUACUUUUCCCGCUCUUUUAUUUCUCCUGGAGUUCUAAACAACUUCCAGUCAGAAUGUUUGUUUUUUUUCUUUUCCUAAGGGGUUUCCCAGAAGGAGUUUCCUGCCUUUUCUAAGGGGUUUUCUGGGCAAGUGUAUAAAAGGCUGCCCUGGACAGGGCCUCAGGGCUGUCCAUCUGAGUGACUGUCAGGGACAGUCACGAGUCUCACCUGCAGGCAUCUAUCCAUCCUAGUAGUAGAAGGGUUAGAGAUUUUCUCCAACAGCUUCCUCACCUGUAAAAAGAAGAGAGAAAGAGAAGAAACAACAUCUCCCGAGUGUCCCAUCUGUUCUGCUUUCCCGUGAUCCCGAAGGAACAUCAAGGGACUCCUUGGAGCUCCUCUCCAAAGGCUUGCCAUUAGCCAGAGGAUUGAGGUCCCAAGCACCUGCCGUCGCUUUGAUCUAUGAAGAAGGUUUUUUUAAAAUUUGUUUGUUGGGUUGAGUUUGAGGGGGUAAUCACUGUAUCACACCACUUUGCUGUUUAUUCCCACUUUUUAUCUGUCCCACUCUUUGUUAUGAACCCUUCAAUACACUUUAUUUGAUUUUACCUUUA